CGUAUCGUUUCUCCCCCUUGUUCCACAUUUUCAGCGAGUUUCAACAUCAUUCUAAACAGACACUAGAUAGAAGUGUGUUCGCUCGCGCGUGGUGACCGCAUACCGCUGUUGGUUAUGAUAGUGGGAGCGCUUUCUCUGCAGCGAGGAAUAAACACAGCUUGUCAACUUGUUUCAACACUCCGCUCAGUUUACUCCCCGGGACACGGUGCUGAUAUCAGCGUACCUAGUACGGAGAGGGUGCAGAAAGCGAGUAUAGACUUGCUGUUACAUCCGUAGGGACUCAUUGAAAUCUUCGCUACAAUGUCAAGAUUUCUAGCUCUUUUGCUCGUGCUUUUAGCCGGGUUUGCCAACGCAGCGUUUGACCAAGGGGAAGAGAACCGGACUCUCGCCUUUCUCGAGAAAUAUAACCAAGUUGCUCCUAACGAAGCUUACAAAUCAAGCGAGGCAUCGUGGAACUACGCUACGAAUCUCACUGUGGAGAACCUCAAUAAGCGGACACAGGCUAGUCUGACGUACUCAGCGUUUUUAGAAGAGGCCCGGAAAGAAGCGAAGAAAUUCGACUUAACCAAACUUUCAAAUGAUACCCGGCGGCAAAUUAAGAUGGUCACUGAGACAGCGAGUUCUUCCGACAAGGACGUCCAGAAAACAUUGAACGACGUGGAGGGAAAAAUGGACCAGAUUUAUGGCUCGGGGAAAGUGAUCGAUACCGACGGCAGCAAGCUUUCUCUUGACCCUCACUUGUACAAGAUUCUUAGCAACUCUCGAGACUACGAGCGACUCAAGUUUGUAUGGAAAGGCUGGAGAGACGCCACGGGCCCCGAGCUGCGACCCCUUUACAAGCAAUUUGUAGAGCUCGCCAACAAAGGGGCUAAGGAGAACGGAUGGGCAGAUAAUGGGGAAUGGUGGCGGUCAUGGUACGAGAUAGACAACUUAGAAAGCAGUGUGGAAGCCUUGUACGAAGACCUGAGACCGCUUUACGAAGAGCUCCACGCGUACGUGAGGUAUAAGCUGAGUAAGAAGUAUUCGCAGGUCAAACCAACCGGCCCCAUUCCUGCGCAUGUGUUUGGAAACAUGUGGGCACAAAGCUGGGUGAAUAUCUACGAUAUCAUUGAGCCGUAUGAGAACCAGCCUAGCCUGGACGUGACGAAGACUAUGGUAGCGCAGAAUUACACGCAGCUCCGCAUGGUCCAGCUCGCAGAGUCUUUUUUUACAUCCAUCGGGUUAAAGGCGCUUCCCAAGUCUUUCUAUGAGAAGUCGAUGAUCGUGAAACCCGAGGGACGGGAAGUUCAGUGCCACGCCUCCGCCUGGGACUUCAAGAUCAACCGUGAUGUCAGGAUCAAGCAAUGCACGACCAUCACGCACAACUACCUGGUCACAACACACCACGAGCUUGGUCACAUUCAGUAUUACCUGCAGUACUGGGACCAGCCAUUCGAGUACCGGACGGGCGCCAACCCGGGCUUCCACGAGGCGGUAGGCGACACCCUCUCCCUUUCCGUGGACACGCCUACACACCUCAAGCUGAUUGGUCUGCUGGACGCUGUCAGCAAUGAUUCGAAAUCGGAUAUCAACGCCCUGAUGAAAAUGGCUCUACGAAAGGUCGCCUUCUUGCCCUUUGGUUUCUUGAUUGAUCAAUGGCGCUGGAAGGUCUUCAGCGGAGACAUCACAUCCGACAACUAUAACCGUGAGUGGUGGAAGCUCCGUACAAAGUACCAGGGCAUCAAGCCUCCAGUCUGCCGCACGGAGAACGAUUUCGACCCUGGCGCCAAGUACCACAUUCCUGGAAACACCCCGUACAUCAGGUACUUUGUGAGCUUCGUGCUGCAAUUCCAGUUUCACAAGGCGGCAUGCGAAGCCGCUGGUCACCAAGGCCCACUCCAUAAGUGCUCCAUCUACAACUCUACCGAGGCCGGCAAGAAACUAGGUGACAUGCUCUCACUCGGUAAAAGUAAGCCUUGGCCGCUCGCCCUUGAGCAGAUGACUGGGACGAGAAAGAUGGACGUCAGCGCGCUCAAAGAAUACUUCAAGCCGCUCUCUGAUUGGUUGAAAAGCCAGCGCCAGGAAUACAAGUACACUAUUGGCUGGUCUAAUGAUGGCGCGUACGACGAAUGCCCCUCCAGUGCCGGAGCCAUGUUGGUUCCCUUUAUUGGAUCUAUACUGGCGGCACUUCUAAUUGCUUUGUACUAACCAUGUUGGUCCCGUUAAUCGGACCUAAACUCAUGCCUAUACUGGUAGCAUUUCAGUCAGGUUUAGUUUAUUGUUUUAUUGGAAAUUGUUGUGCUGGGAUAUAGCUCAUUGGAUAAAGUUUUGUUUGGAUUUUUAUUGUGAUUUUUUGGUAUGUACUCUAUUAUAUUUUUAUUAUGUAUUUGUUUUCUGUUUAUACGUUCGAUGAAGCAUUUCUCGCCCCAGCCUUCCAUGUGAUUGAUUCACUCGCCACAGGAAACCCGUAAGCCGGGUAGAGGUUAAACCCGGUUUUAGGAAAUAAGAACAUAUACAAUACUUUAAUAAAUUAAAGUAUUAUACUUUAUACUUCAAUAAAUUACUCCCCUAUACAAUAGUAUAAAGUAGCUUACGCUAAUACUGGGGAGGGCACGGCCAGUUUACAGCCGGCGGAGAUGCGGAGGCACCUUUAGUUGCCUGAUGGCUGGCAAAGCUGCUGUUUUAAAGGACUCCAGAUUACUUAGGUUUACAAUAUUAUCAGGAAGUAAAUUCCAUGCUCUUAUUGCUCUAG